UGCGGCUUUCAGGAAGCGGAAGCAGGAAUGUUGGAGUAUUUUCAGAAAAGUUUGGACAAGUUUGACAGUUUGGGAGCAGAGACACAGACCGCGGAGGAACAUGACGGUGUGUUACCUUUUGCUGAUGUUGCUGUAGAGUCGUCAGUCUUCUCUGACUGACCUGAACCACACACACAGCAGGCAGAUAUGGAGAGUGGAGCUCUGGGAAUGGACACCAGCGCUGGUACAGAUCCCACAGUGCAGUCAGACUGCAGCAUAGCCUGUCUGCGGCGUCGGGCCUGGGCCCAGAGUAGAGACUGGCAAGAAACAGAACCAGAGCACUGUGGCCCCCAGGGGCCCCAACAGAGCCAGACGGACUCUGAAGGGGAUGCUCAGAGACCCUCAGAAGAACCAGGGCGUGUUCCUAACAAGAUCACCAGCUGGCUGAUUGAAUGCAGGACUCCCCUCGGAGCCUCGCUAGAUGACCAGAGUGCUUCUCCCAGCAGAGGAGCGCUGAGGAACGGCUGCAGCUUUGAAGAUGACCUUUCACUGGGAGCUGAAGCCAACCAUCUUCAAUCCAGUAACAAGAAAACUGAAUCCUGUUUUGGUCUUGCAGCAGAUCAGAAAAGGAGUCAAUAUAAAGAAAGAGGAAGAAGUAUGAACUCCACAGGAUCUGGGAAGAGCAGCACCGUGUCCAGUGUUUCAGAGGUGUCGGAGCAGUCUGAGGAGCACCCAGAGGAGAACCUUACCCUGCGUGUGUCAGAGCUGCUGGACCUGUAUGAGGAGGACCCAGAGGAGAUCCUCUUAAAUCUUGGUUUCGGUAGAGAAGAACCCGACCUGGCUUCAAAGGUUCCCUCGAGGUUCUUCAACAACUCCUCCACAGCACGAGGCAUUGACAUCAAGCAACAUAUGAAUGCAGUGCAAUACAAAACAAAGGUCUACCUGGGAGCGCAGAUGCAGCGGAUGGAGCUGGAGAACCCUAACUACGCUCUGACCAGUCGUUUCCGUCAGAUCGAGGUUUUAACUACAGUAGCUAAUGAGUUCUUCCAGCUCUACAGUCAGGUUUCUGGUCAGCCUGUCCAGCGCAUCAGCUCCAGGGACCAAGGUGGAGAAAAGGUUGAAGGAGUCAGUGAGGAGCCGCCUCCUGGUCUGAAGAGGAGCAGCUCGGCGCUGAAUGCUGCCAAACUCCUCAAGAAAACCCUCAGCAGACACAACCUGCUCAUGGCCUCCCCUGAGUCACCUGAAGCACACACAUUGCACCAGGAGACACAGCUGAACGGACACGCCCACUCUGAUCACGCUCUCAACAACGGUCACACACACAACGGUCCAGAACAGGACGGUGGCAGUACCGACCCUGACCACCAGAAACAUAGUCGCAAGAAAGACAGCUGUUCUCUGGCCACGGUUAACGAGGAAACUAGCGGGGAUGGAGAAACAGAUCGGCUGACGGACGACAGUCCUGAACAGAGCAGCACCGGAACUGCAGCCAAUGGAGCGCAACAAACACAGUCAGCUGACCUCCAGUCAACCAAUCAGAGAACAGAGAAGGGAACCCAGGUGAUCAGAGAGGAGAAGAACCUGACUUCAACUCCGGAGAAAGCUCCUUCCACUCUGCUCCCGCCCAAACUGACCCAGCUGCGCACAGAAAAUGCAGACUCUUUCGACAUGGAGGAGAUUCAGAGUAACGAAGAUGAGGCUCUGCCACCCAGAAUCUCCAGAAACAAUGACCUGUUGAGGACAGUCAGUCAGCAGUCAGACAGCAGUGGUUUUGCUGAGGAGCCCUCCGCUGAAUCCAGCUACCUUAAGGUGCAGGAGAGUAGCGACAGCUGUGACAGCGAGACCACUGUGACAUCACACCCUUCACAAGAUGUGGCCACGCCCCUUGCGCUGGACCAACCAGCGUUUGAUCUGCUACACAGCAGAGAGGAGGAGGCAGAGCCUAGUGGUACCGCUGAGGCUGAUGGGAGGAGUAGUUCCAGGGAAGAAGACAAGCAUGAAAGGAGCUCAGAGCAGGUUCCACAGUACACAGCCCACCAGCUCCCCAGGAACAGAGCAACGGGAGUGCAGCAGGAUGAGAACCGGGAUGAGGGGCUGGAUGAGACUGGGGACCAGAUUGACCCAGAACCGGAACCAGAACUAGAGCUUCCCCGGAGUCUGUCUGCUUCAGAACAAGAACCAGAACUCACUCAAAACCAGACCGAGACCACUGCAGACACAGUAGCACCCACUGAGGGAGUGGGUGCUGAGGACAAGGCCCAAGUGGAGCAUGUGCGCUUGGAUGAUUCAUAUUGUCCCCCUACUCCAUCCUCUCCAGUCAUGGGUGCUCUGAACCGAGCCAAAAAGAACCAGCUGAGCCAGCACCCCCAGCCCAGUGAGACGUCCCAAAUCCCGGGUAGAGGACGAGGAAGAGGUGGUAUCCCCCUGCAGAGAUCCUCCUCCUUGCCCUCCUCACUUCUGUCGCCCGCCAGGGUAGUGUCCUCUGUCAGGAUCCAGUUUGGGCGAGGCCAGGCAUCUUGCACCCAGCCCAGGUACUCCUUCAGAUACACCCAAGAGACCAGAGGAGAUGCAGAGGAGGAGGAGGAAAAGGAGGAAGGACAAACCAAUUGUCGCUCUACUCAGAACAUAAACCAUGCCUCCUCUUCUGGCUCUAACAACAAACCACCAAGACUCCCCACCGAAUCUCCCGUCCCACCCAAACCAAUCCCAAGCUACCUGAUGCAGUCAUCACAUUCUCUGCAGAGUCCCAGUCCUCCUCCUGAUUGGUCACCAAGAGGCCAAGCCCUUUCCUGGAGCACCCAGAGCGUUCCUGAUCUCUCCUCCAGUCAGCAGCAGCUUGGCCAGUUCCAACACAACAUGAGUUCCAACCAAAACCAGCAAAGUUGGAAUUCAGGACAGAUGAUGUUCCCUUAUCCUACCCCUACUCCUACCCCUAACCCUACAGCUCAGUACUUAAAUCCAAGCCCCAGUCCCAGCCCCAGCAUUAACCCAAACCCAUACCCCUUCACCCUGAACCCUCCUCCACAGUACCCCUCCCCUCUGCAUCCGUAUGCCAGUCUUCCUAACCUCCUUCAUCACAACCACCCCUCCCUGAACCAUCAUUCUAGUCUCACCAGUCUCCACCAACCUACAACUCCUCCAAUCCCCCAGCACGGCAGCCUCUCCAACUUGCACCAGCCCUCUUCCACAGCUCCUCAUCACAUCAGUCUGGGCAACCUGCAUCCAGGAAGUCCUAUAAUGCACCACCAGGGCUUCAGUUACCCAUACAGUCAUCAGUUGCCUUACCUCACUCCUCACAGCCCACAGUUUGCCACACCCUAUCUUGGUUACCAUGGGUAUAACAUGAACCCACACCUGGCAUUUCCUCACCCUGUCACACAGUUGACCCCAGAACACAGCCUCCACCGGGAACACACUCCUCCUACCCCGGGCUUCCUCCCAGGCCAGGCCUCAGCCCUCGGCCCAGGUCACAGCCUUCACCCAGGUCUUGCUCCUUCUGCUGCUCCAGGUCCAGGCCCCAGCCAUGGCCUGUCAAGUACUGAGAUGCAGCUGAGGAGAGUUCUGCAUGACAUCAGAGGAACGGUUCAGAGUUUGAGCCAGAGCCGAGCCGACACUCCAGACGUGUUCAGUGAGCGCAGAGCACCUCUGCCCAGCCACCCGUCUUUGGCAGAGUUUCAACAGAAGAGGCGGAGUCUGAACUUGUUCCGCAGUCAGAUGAUGGACCUAGAGCUGUCAAUCAUCCGACAGCAGGCUCUGGUCUACAAACACCUGAGUCCUGCUGACAGGCUGGAGAUGGAGCAGCUUCAAUCUCUGAGGUCAGCAGUCAGAGAGGAACUGCAGGAGCUGGAACAACAGUUGGAAGACAGACUGAUGGAACACACACCACACAGGGGUCUCCAUAGGGACAGCAGUAUUGACAGUCUGUCCACUGCCUCUGCACUGAGAGCCAUGGAGCCGGUGUCAGACCUCCUCAGAGAGCAGCUCUUCCUCCAGUCAGAGCUCAGCUAUGACGGCAACGCUCCCUCCACCAACCCUUCCUCCCGGUCCUCCAGUCCAGUCAGAGGAGAAGGAGGCUGCGAGCAGAGACAAGGCGUGUACCGGGCAUCAAUCAACAUAACCCCUGUCCUCCCUCCUCGACCCAACACACUCACUGAGGAAGAGGAGGAGGAGGAGGAGGAAGGAGGGAGGGAUGGUGGUGGUGGUGGAGGAGGGGGAGGAGGAGAAGUACCAGAGGAGGAGGGAGCAGCAGGAGAAGUCAGAGUGGACAACCUGCAGCAGCUCAUCAGAGAGAUUCGAGAGAGCGUGGCGCAGGAGGUCCGACGGGAGAUCUACAGCGAGCUGAUGGCUGCAGUGUCACCACGGCGAUCACCCCUACCGGCUAGACAACACCCCUUGUAGUCACGGCAACACCUUCAGCCUUAGUAACCACAGCCUGAACAGCACUACUGUCUGUCUGUAUCACUGUAUAGCACAGUAACACUGUCUGUGUGGAACACUAUGUGUCUGUAACACUGUAUGUCUGUAACACUGAUGAUGAACUGAACACAUCACCUGCAUGUUAUUAACCCCAACCACCCCAUCUGUGGCCCUGCCCUGCUGUUUCCAUGUCUGGUUGGUUCUACUGAGGCAUUGUGAUGCAUGCUGGGAAUACCAGUCUGGACCAGGAUAUCCCCAUGAACCAUCAGCGAUGUGUUGUCUUUUUCUCACGUCCAUUUCUUAUUUCUAACCUGUUGUGAUCAAAAGCCAGGCCUUAAACUACUACCACUGCCAGUAAUACCACUAGUACUGCUAACAGUACUACUGCCAGUACCACCACUACAAAUUGAUCAGGGUUAAAUGUAGUCAGUAGUGACUGUUCAGUACUACAGCAGCUCCGUCCACAGCUGCGAGCCACCACUGUUAAAGGGUUGGUUCACCCACAUUACAAAAACUUCCUCUCUUGUUGCUGGUAUUAUUUAUCCUGGUUUUGAGAUAUCCAUCACUGAUUCUCUCCCUCCACCUCAAUACAACGGUGAACAAUCACAUUUAAUUUGUGGUGUUCACAGCAUUGAAAACAUCGCACAAAAAAUGCAGCAAACACUAGAUGUAAGUGAGGAAAUGUCUUUUGGUAAUUUGGCUUAACUGACCCUUUAACAUGUUAUCAGAACAACAGAUAAGGGACCAACUUCCUUAUAAAAGACUAUAAAUACCGUAGCUAUCUUUUAACUAUGCACUCAUGCCUUUUAGUAAGGAAUUACAUUCCUUAAUCCUUAAGAAGAGCAGAAUCAGCAGAGGGUCAAACUGAGUUUUUUUACUCCUCAAAGUUACUCAUUCCAUGCACAUUUCACCUUUCUGUAAAAAUGUUCAUAGAGGGUUUUAAGGUAUACAAUUAUGGGAUUAUGAUCCUGCAACUGUCUACAUUCCUUCAUCAUCAUCAUCAUUGUCAUCAUCAUUGUCAUUGUGCUCCUCUUCCUCUUACCUUCUCC